AUGGCCGGAAUCGCGAAUGCAUGUCUCUCUGGCCUGUCGACAGUCGACCGUUAUUGCCGAAUCACCGCCUGCCUUGGGGCCUGCCUUAGUCCUUUCGGCGGUCGCUCAAGAGAAGGAAUUUAUGACACAACGUUGGCGGACAAUGAACGGGAAGCUGUAUCUGAUCUGUUAGGCUACCUUGAAAACAGAGCUGAAACGGACUUCUUCUCCGGCGAGCCCCUUCGUGCUCUGAGCACUCUAGUCUACUCCGAAAAUGUAGACCUCCAACGAAGCGCCAGUCUAACAUUCGCUGAGAUCACAGAACGAGAUGUGCGCGAAGUCGAUAGGGACACUCUCGAACCAAUCCUUUUCCUGCUACAGAGUUCUGAUAUCGAGGUUCAACGGGCUGCAAGUGCGGCUCUUGGUAACCUUGCGGUGAAUGCGGAUAACAAGGUGUUGAUCGUUGCCCUAGGAGGGCUUGCCCCGUUAAUAAAGCAAAUGAUGUCGCCUAACGUUGAGGUUCAGUGUAAUGCAGUCGGCUGCAUUACUAACCUUGCUACCCAUGAAGAUAACAAGGCUAAGAUUGCCCGGUCCGGCGCCCUGGGCCCGCUAAUUCGCCUCGCGAAGUCAAAAGAUAUGCGUGUACAGCGCAAUGCGACAGGGGCCCUUCUGAACAUGACACAUUCAGACGACAACAGGCAACAGCUUGUCAAUGCUGGUGCGAUUCCGGUCCUCGUUCAAUUGCUUUCUUCCUCCGACGUCGAUGUCCAGUACUAUUGCACGACUGCCCUUAGUAACAUUGCCGUUGAUUCGUCAAAUCGCAAACGACUUGCCCAAACAGAGUCACGAUUGGUCCAGUCGCUCGUGCAUUUAAUGGACUCGUCUACCCCGAAAGUGCAGUGCCAGGCUGCUCUAGCUCUUCGAAACCUUGCAUCCGACGAAAAGUACCAGCUUGAGAUUGUUCGCGCCAAAGGGUUACCGCCUCUACUCCGCCUCCUACAGUCAUCCUAUCUCCCUCUCAUUCUCUCCGCAGUUGCCUGCAUUCGUAAUAUCUCAAUUCACCCUCUCAACGAAUCGCCUAUUAUCGACGCCGGAUUCCUUAAGCCGCUGGUUGAUCUUUUGGGAUCAACAGAUAAUGAAGAAAUUCAAUGCCACGCUAUCUCUACCCUUCGAAAUCUUGCCGCUAGCUCGGACCGCAACAAAGAGCUUGUCCUUCAAGCUGGUGCAGUCCAAAAGUGUAAAGAUCUUGUCCUCCGCGUACCCAUCAGUGUUCAGUCCGAAAUGACUGCUGCUAUAGCCGUCUUGGCUCUUAGCGAUGACCUGAAACCCCAUCUUCUCAAUCUUGGUGUCUUCGAUGUGUUGAUUCCUUUGACGGAGUCUGACAGCAUUGAAGUUCAAGGAAACAGCGCUGCCGCGCUAGGCAAUCUUUCAUCCAAAGUUGGAGACUACACUAUCUUUGUCCGAGACUGGGCGGAUCCCAACGGCGGUAUCUACGGCUACCUAAAGCGAUUUCUUGCUAGCGGAGACCCUACUUUCCAGCAUAUCGCCAUCUGGACACUUCUUCAACUUCUUGAGUCUGAGGACCAGCGCCUUCUAGGCUAUAUUGCCAGCUCAGAGGAUCUUGUUCAUAUGGUUAAGUCAAUAUCUGACAAGAACAUUGAGUCCGAUGAAGAAGAUACGGAGGACGGCGAAGCCGAGGUUAUUGCGUUGGCGCGGCGAUGCCUCGAGUUUCUCGGAGGCGGGCCUAAACAGACUCUGGUAGAAGGUUAA